UCUCUGUCCUCCUCCCCACACAGAGCUACUCUACCCCAGUUUGGCUCUAGUGUGACAUCCCUGCCUGUUUGAGGGAGGAAUAUGAGCAGGGACUGCUACUGCAGCAAAGUGACACUCAGAAGCCACAAGUUUCUGUAGACAGUCUACACUAGACCGAAGCCAGAGCAAUGGCAUUAUCGCUGGAAGAAUUUGUGCACUCCCUUGACCUCAGGACCCUCCCUAGAGUCCUAGAAAUCCAAUCGGGCAUCUAUUUUGAAGGUUCUAUUUAUGAAAUGUUUGGAAAUGAAUGCUGUUUAUCAACGGGAGAAGUGAUUAAAAUUACUGGAUUAAAAAUUAAGAAGAUCAUAGCUCAAAUUUGUGAGCCCAUUGAAGGUUGUGAGUCUCCCCAACCUUUUGAACUGCCUAUGAAUUUUCCAGGUCUUUUUAAGAUUGUGGCUGAUAAAACUCCAUACCUUACUAUGGAAGAAAUUACAAGAACCAUUCAUAUUGGACCAAGUAGACUAGGGCAUCCUUGCUUCUAUCAUCAGAAGGAUAUAAAACUAGAGCAUCUCAUUAUAAAGCAGGGUGAGCAGAUCAUGCUCAAUUCAGUAGAGGAGAUCAAUGGAGAAAUAAUGGUGAACUGUGGAAUAGUAAGGAAUCAUCAAAACCACUCAUUUACUCUGCCUUUGUCACAAGAAGGAGAAUUUUAUGAGUGUGAAGAUGAACAUAUUUAUACCCUAAAGGAGAUUGUGGAAUGGAAGAUUCCCAAGAACAGAACACGGACUGUGAAACUUACAGAUUUUUCAAAUAAGUGGGACUCAACAAAUCCAAUCCCUAAAGACUUCUGUGGCACUCUGGUUCUCAAGCCUGUUUAUGAAAUUCAAGGUGUGAUGAAAUUCCGAAAGGAUAUAGUUCGCAUCCUCCCCAGUUUAGAUGUCGAAGUUAAAGACAUUACUGACUCUUAUGAUGCUAACUGGUUUCUUCAGCUGUUGUCUACAGAAGAUCUCUUUGAAAUGACCAAUAAAGAAUUCCCCAUAGUGGCUGAAAUCAUAGAAGCACCUCAAGGUAAUCAGCUGCCCAGAAGCAUUUUACAACCUGGGAAAACCAUUGUGAUCCACAAAAAGUACCAGGCAUCGAGGAUCUUAGCUUCAGAAAUUAGAAGUAAUUUUCCGAAAAGACACUUCUUAAUCCCCACUAGCUAUAAAGGCAAAUUCAAGAGGCGGCCGCGGGAGUUCCCAACUGCCUAUGACCUAGAGAUAGCUACCAGUGAAAAGGAACCUCUCCACGUGGUGGCCACCAAAGCCUUUUGUUCCCCUCAUGAGGAGCUGUCAUCUGUAUCCGUCGGGGAUCAGUUUCUAGUGCAUCACCCUGAGACCACAGAAGUCCUCUGUGAGGGAAUAAAAAAAGUGUUGAAUGUUCUGGCUUGUGAAAAGAUCCUCAAAAAGUCCUACAAGGCCACGCUGCUCCCUUUGUACAUGGAAGGAGGCUUUGUUGAGGUGAUUCAUGAUAAGAAACAGUACCAGAUUUCAGAACUCUGUCAACAGUUCCGCUUGCCCUUCAAUGUGAAAGUAUCUGUAAGAGAUCUUUCCAUAGAAGAGGACAUUUUGGCUGCCAUACCAGGACUGCAGUUGGAAGAAGAUAUCACCGACUCUUAUCUACUCAUAAGUGAUUUUGCCAAUCCCAAGGAGUGCUGGGAAAUUCCUGUUAGCCGCUUGAGUAUGACGGUUCAGUUAGUGAGUAAUUUGUCUGGGGAAACAGGAUCAUUGUUAGUCAGGACUCUGGUUGAAGAGAUCACUGAAGAGCAAUAUUACAUGAUGCGGAGAUACGAGAGCUCUCUCCUGCACCCCCCACCUCGCCCUCCCAAACAUCCCAUAGUGGAGGAAACAAAGUUAACCUUGCUAACCUUACCAGAAGAGAGAACAGUGGAUCUGCCUAAGUCUCCCAAGAGUCACCACAUAGACAUAGCCAAGAAACAUCACUCGAAUCAAACUGGCCUGGAUUCACAACUGCCAGUUGGCUGUCAGAACGAUUUGGCUGGUGUGAGAAGAGAGAACAGAAAGCUCGAGGCCCCUGAAGCGGCAGAAAUCGUCAAAAAUGAAAAACAUAAAAAAUAACAAGAUGUGACAGAAACCACUUGGGCAGUGAACAUAAAUGUUUCCACAGAAAAGGAAGCCUACUUUUCUAGCUAAAAAAUAACAGUUCCUCAAUGGACUCCAGAAGAAACUCGACUGGCCACUGAGAAAGAAAAAACAACCUUAAAAGUUUUAACAGAAGAAAUUCAAAGAGAAAGCUAUGAUGUGAAAUUCAUGUAGUCAUUCUGUCCUGCCAAACCUCUAUGUAUCGAUUCAUUGUUAUUUAGGACAUCUUUAUUUAAUGUGUGUAUUUUUGUGUUUGGUUCUCAUUCCCAUUACCAGCAAGUAAGCAAUGGAAAAAAAUUAUAUUUCAAUUUCUGAGUAAAACUAGUCUAAAAUUAGAUGAAGUUCAACAAAUACUUGCUUUUGCAGUUUUUCUAGUGUUAUCAUCAUUAGUGUUAAGACUAAUUUUUUAAAAAAAUAUUUAAAAUAUUUAAGUUUCUUACUUGAAUCCCAGUAGAAAUAAAUUUGACUUUAUAUUUUCAGUUUAUUUUAUAAAUAUACUGUAAAUAAAUGUGUUCAAAGUUUAACAACCAAAGCCAUUGUGUGUUAUAGAAAUUUUCUGUAACUUUCUCCUCAACUUAUAAUCAGAGUUCAUGACUACAAUAUCACCAAAUUUAUAAUAAUAUGCCUUCAUAUUUCAUGCACCGUGAACUAGAUAACCUUUUAGAUGAAUGUUUAUUAGUAUUAUCAGAAAACCAUUUAGAUAAUCAUAGUAUUUGAUGAAAAGAAAGGCAAUAGAAUUGUAAUGACAUAAUAAUUUGGUUGACUAGAAACCAAAGCAAUUCAUAAUUAGUGUUUUUUAGACUAAUGCUCUUAUAAUUGCAAAAUUGCUUUAAGAGCUCUCAUAUUUUGAUAAUUUAUCUUAUUAUGUGUUACAUGCACAGAGAUGAUAUUUACCUCUAUCAAAAUGAAGAGACAGAAUAAAGUUAUCUUGGGACGAAAGUUUCACAGGAAUCGAACAGCAAACUUUGAACUUUGUUCAUAGGUCAUACCUUGUUUUUGACUCAUAGAAUUUGUUAUUUCUAAAAUAAUUGUACUUAGCUAAAAACACAGAUGUAAUUGUUCUCAUACAGCAGCAAAUAAAAAUCACUAUGUUUCACUUUUUGCUAUAGGGCAUGUGCG